CUGGGCACAGAAAAGUGCCCCUUUGCCUCGCAGGUGAAAGAUUGUUGUAGGAAGCAUUAGGGAAACGAAACUACACUGUCAUACAAAGGCAAAACGCAGUAACUAUUUUAAUCAAACGUAGUUAUUGAAAUGACAUCUGUUUUGUUGAGAAUUUAACUAAAAACAAAAAGUAUGAAAAUGUAAACUUUAGGUCUUUGUGGAUAACCUUUCGAAAGAACAGGGUGGAAAACCCGCGAUCCUGCUUGUUACGUGACUUGGUCUAUUGAUCUACAAUGCCCAGCACCAGCACCGGGAGCCCCAGACCCACGUCAGAGCCAGAGGUCCAGGACAGCCUCUUGGGCCCUGCAGGACCAAAUCAUCACCUUUCCCAGGGCAGGAACACAAGCCUGGAAUUGUUUUAUGAGGAGCGAUGCCUUGACCCAGAGUUGAAGUCCUGUGAGCUCCAGAGGCCAAAGGGGAACCCACACAAGGCCCGCUCCAGGGACACGCAGGGCAGGGAGGCUGAGGAGAAGGUUGGGUUCAUCCCCAGCUCAGCAGACUCCUCUCCAGGGGGUCAGGGCUGUGGGUCGUGUGGUGGUCCCUGUGCAUCCCCAGGCAGCUGUAGGAGCUGUUUGUGCAGUGUGCUGACGUGUGGCCUCUACAGGGUGUUUUGGACCACCGUCCUGGCACCCUGUUUGACCCCCAAUCCCAGAGGGAGUUUGCCAGAAGACAGCCAGGGCAAGCUCCACCUCCAGAGUCUCCAGGGCCACCCUGGGACCAGUGACACUCAAACCAGGAAGGAGAGUGAAGGCAGAGGCUCCGAUUGGUCGGAGGACGUGUACAUCAAAGGGGUUAAAGUAGACAUUCCCAGAAUGGAGGAGGAGGAGUUUGUCUCUCCCAGACCUCGAUUGCACCAUGGUUCCGAAGGAGGGGGGUGGUACAGCCGCCCAUCCUACUCCUGGGAUGAAGAGGAUCUGGCCAAUAUGAACGUUGGGGACGUGGACUCGCUGAUCACGCAGAAGCUGCUGGAGCUGUACACUGAGUACCAGAUCGAAGAGUUGGCUCGCUGCACCUCGGAUUCGGUUUUCCUGAACAGGACCAGUAGGAUCAGCCAGCUGAUCAGUAACCUGGCUGAAGAACACCAGCUGGAUGAGCAGGACGCCGAGUGUCGACUGGUGAAGGGCAUCAUCAGAAUCAGCACUAGGGCGAGUAAGAAGAGACCUUUACAUAAGAGGUCACACAGGAGACAGUCCGACAGUGGUAACGAAACCAUGAGCAACUACCAAACAUCUACCAUCAGCAAUAACAAUGACUAUAACAUCCAGAUAUCCAAGGAAACAGAUUCCGAUAUGAAUGCUAGAAAUAUGAGGAUGAACAGUGAAGCUGGUAAGAAAUUCGACUCAAUCCCUUUUGACUCAGCCCUAAAUACUGAAGAAAGUUCUGAGCAUCAGAUCUCUGUGUGUGGGAUCCCUCUGCACAGGACAUCAGUCAGAACAUGAUGAACAUUCUUCAACACUGCUGAUGCCAUGGAUCUAGUUAGCAGUAAAGUGAAGAGGUUGGAACCAAUAUAAAUAUAUAUAUAUAUGUCUUCUAUUUAAUUCAAUGUUUGGACCUUGAAGGAACCAGGUAAUUGCACUCAGUUCAAAUAAGUUAGUAAGUAGUAUUACACAUGAAUGAACUGCUCCAAAGACCACACUAUAUGAUUCUUUAUAGAGCCAUCCUAUUAGCCUUGUCAUUCUGUUUUUGAAGGAUUAUAAUGUACUUAUGGUAGUGAAUGUUUGAUUCCAUGCUUGAGGGUACAAAAAGUUUUACAUUGAAAAAUGUGUAAUUGCUGUCGAUACAAAUAUCCCUGUGAGCCUCCCCCAGACCCAUGUUUUACAGGUUUAAAACUAAAUCUUUUUAGUAUAUGACAUACCUGCAUUACUCCUUCUAAACAGAUUGCUCUGAUCCCUUAGCUGUAAAAUGUUUUAUCUGUGCUUGUUAGUCGUAUAAAAAAAGUUACAUAUUUUAGAAUCCCUGGUUUAGACUUACCGGACUCUUCCAGAAGCUGCUGACAUUUUGAUGCGCAUCUCCCUAAAUUCCAGAAGCUUCCGAUAUUGUGAUGCACCUUUGAAUAUCAGGUAGGUGUGUGUUGGUAUGAACGUUGACUCUCAAUGCUGCAGGAUCUGUUUCAGCAUUAUCAGUUAGACUACAACACUUUGACACAAGGUCCUGUGGAGUAAAUGUGUACAGUGGCUUGACCCAAGAAACAGACACCUGCAUGUGAUUGCUCCACGCUUUCGUUGUGCAAAGUUUCAACCGUAAUCUUCACCUUCGUAGGGUUUAACCCACGUGAAUAAAGCAUGGUACUUUGGACAGAAAGAACCAUCUUGGAAUGAAUGUUAUAGGCCGAAACCACUCGUUAUGGAUGAAGAAAGAACACACCUCAAAGGCAAUAGAUGUUAGAAUUAUUGCCUGUUAUUGUUCUUAACUGUGAAAUACGAUUCUGGAUGUAGAUUUUUAUGCGAUGGAAGCAUUUUUAUUCUAACAUACCUUUAAUGGUUAUAUGUUGGCAAUCCUUUCAAAUAUGUGUCUUGGGUUAUUCUGUAAUAUGUUGUCAUUGUAUACUCCAAUGAGUACAUUCUUGAAGAGAUCCAGUGAAAUGUCUGUAAUUCUGUAAUGUAUGUAAAACUAUAAACAAGGAUAAACAAAUUGUUUUGUGAAGGAGCAGAGUUGCUCUCUGUAGCAAAUUCAAAAAGGUGCAAAGUCUAAAUUGAAGUAGCCCCACAACUAAUUGUUGUCCAGGCCGAUAUGUUUAAAGCAUGGGACUAGGUCACCAUUCAUUAAUUAACCAGGGGAAGUGUCAGUGCAGUAGGUUUUGUGUUGUUGAUAUCAAGCCCUUUGAAUGUCUGUGUUUUUAUUCUGUGUAAAUAGCCUUUUUCUCUCGCAAGUCAGUCACACCACCUACCCUUCAGUCUCUCAAUAGCUCCAUUCUGUGGAGUUUAUGGAUCAGAAUUAGCUGAUGAUUUUAAUGUGAAGUGCGAUGUUCAGAUUGUUGCGGUUGAAAUUAAGACAUCUGUCAGUCUUUUACUCCGACACUGGAUGGCAAUCGUCUGUAUUCUACUCAAUACAGUUUUAUUGGAAUGUUCUGUAAUCUAAUGUUUUGCACCAUAUAACCCCACAUUUGUGCUUGAAGCUACAGAGACAGUUUACAUACACAUUGACAGGGCAUUCCUUUGUGCACCCGUGGCAGAUUUCUUUAAACAAUUAUAUUAAUUUUACCUAUUGGAUAGGAUUACUUUCAUAGAAAUAGAAUGGAUUAAUAAUGAACUUGAUGUAAUUUAGUUUUUAUGCAUUUAAUACUAUAGCUGGAUAAUAAACUUUUGGGGACAGACGUAAUAGGUGGUAUUGUCAAAGUAAUACAGCCCCACAGUACAACAAGGUGUAGAUUUUAAGUUGUUAAUGUAAAAAAGGUUAUGGUUUCAGUUUAUUUUGGUAAUACACAGGAUUGAAAUAUUGAUAAGUGUGAAAUUUUUUACAUGUAAUUAUUGAUACAUUGUUUAGCUAGUGUUAAUUACACCUACCCUAACUGCAUUAGCUUGAGUUUGAAAUGCCCAAUACCAGAUCAUGCUACUCAACUCAUCUUUGUAGUUACAGAGCCAGCAUGAGCCAGUAUAGAAUCCAGUGUUUAUGGCACAUACUGUACUUCAUCAGCAUGAAAUGUUUGCUAACAGAUUCCUUUCCAACUAUGAAAAAUAGACACAAAGACUAAAUAAUACUGAAUAACAGUAUAUCUUAAAAAGACAAUAGCUGACUUUAUAGUUAUUACAUUACAGAUAUAUUGUUGGAUGUAUGCCAAAGUAAUUGUAAAUGUGUGGAUUAAAGCCAGAAAAACA